AAUAAAAUAAAAAAAUUUGUGGGCCAGAAAAAAAAAAAGUCAGAAUUCGGACUGAUGGGCGCCAGCAGCAGCCACACAGACGCAGGUUGAGUUACGGCGGACAGCCAAUGUUCUGGAGAAAAUGUCUGAUUUAAGCGACUUUUUACGUGCCAGAAGAGUACCAGAAGCGUCCAUUGCACUAAUGGAAGAACAAAAGAUUGACUGUGAUGCCGUAGGUCUCAUGGACGAUGCAACACUUGAAAACUUCUUACCUUCAUAUGGAGACAGAAUUGCUGUUUUCAACUACUGCAAAAGCAAACAGCCAUUGUCCAAAAGAAAACAAGGACUUCUUCAAAAGCUUCGGGACAAAAUGAAGAACAGAAAGGAAAGUCCACACGAGACCAUGACACAUGAAAGUACAAGACAGAAAAAGAGGCCAAAAGGAACAAAAAAUGUUGAGAUUGGAUGGAUACAUAGUGAUGGAAAAACUACCAAACAGGUGAGAGCAAAGCAGGGAGGUGGCACUAGAAAAAUUCAAAUGGCCACUGAUUCUGGAUUAAAAGACAUUCUUCAAGAAGGAAAGACACUUUUUUUUCCUGAUGGAACAUCUCCUAAGGGACCUGAAACAGAUUUUGAGUUUGAGGUUUGGGACUUUAAACAGAACCUUCUUACAGAAGACACCGGCCUAACUAUUGGGAAAAUGUAUGAAGCAGUGAGACUGUCAAUGUUGCGCUUCUACAUUGCAACAAAACCAAAAGAUGCAGAAGAAGAUAACAGUGACACAUCUGAAGUUGUGUUUGUUUUGGAAAGCAGUAGCAGCGAAUUUAAUCCAUUACAGGUGGUGGAUGUCAGGAGGAACUCUGUUGAAGUCCAACAGAGUUCAGAAGUUUUUGAUGAUUCCCAAAUUACUUUUGGUCCCAUUCUUGAUGCUGAAGAAGAUACAGAUGACACAUUAAUCUAUGAGGGUUUUGUUGUUCCCCCCAGUCCAGCAAAUCCAGAAGAUGCAAUAAUGAUCACUGUACGCAAUGCUGACACUUUACAUGACCUUAUUACUGCUUUCUCUGAUGAAGAAAUUAUGAGAAAAACACUGAACGUAACGCGCAUACUUCCAGACAACACCGAAGAAGCAGGCACUGGCUCAGGAAUACUGAGAGAUGUACUCACUUGCUUCUGGAAUGAAUUUUAUGAGCGAUGCACCCUUGGUACAACAGUGAAAGUGCCAUUCAUCCGCCAUGACUUUCAAGCUGAGAAAUGGAAGGCAGUUGGACGAAUCCUUUUGAAAGGUUACCAAGACUGUCAGUAUUUUCCAAAUAAAAUUGCAAUCCCUUUUCUUGAACAAGUGCUUUUCAAUAAUGUUUACAGUGAUCUUAAAGCACAUUUUCUACAGUUUGUGAGCAGCCAAGAAUGUGAAGUUUUGAGGGAGGCAGUUAAGAAUUUUUCUGCUGUUGACCUUGAUGAUCUUGUGGAAGUUCUUGACAAUUAUGGCUGUAGAAAAAUAAUCACUCCUGAAAGUCUCCCUACAAUCCUUGAUGAAAUAGCUCACAAAGAGCUCAUCCAAAAAUCGAUGUUCGUCAUUGACUGCUGGAGGGAGAUCAUCUACCCACAUCUGUCCCUCAGCCCAGAAGCACUGACCAAGCUGUUCUCAGACCUGCAACCAACUUCCAAAAAAGUCUGUCAGCUGCUGAAAUUUGCUCUAGAUUUAACUCCAAAGCAAAAGGAAGUACAGAGUCAUCUCAAAAGAUUUAUAAGAGAGCUGGAUGACAUAAAGCUUCAGAAAUUUAUGAGAUUUUGCACUGGAUCUGAUCUCAUUGUGACAAACUGCAUAUUUGUGGAAUUUCAAGAUAUGACAGAGUUCACAAGAAGACCAGUCGGACACACAUGUGGAAGUACUCUGCAAAUAGCAGAUAGCUAUGAAAACUUCCCAGAUUUUAGAUCUGAAUUCAAUGCAGUUCUUGACAGCAAUGUCUGGGUAAUGGACAUUGUUUGAUUCGUCGUGCAAUGCAUUACUUUUGAAAUGUUCAAUCAGUACAGCAGAACUACAAAGACACAUAAAGAAAAAGUAUUUUCAACAGAGAGAAAUUAUUGUUGUUUAAAAGAAAUUGAUGGAAGUUAGCCAUUUCUAUUGGUAGCUCAGUUUUUCACUGAGAAUAUACAAGUUUCCUUUGUUCUCACUAGUUUUACAUCAUACAAAGAAGUUGCCACAAAACAAAUUAAUAGCUGUUUGUUACAUCCAAAAGCAUCUUGACUUGAUCUCAGAUCUCCAACUGCUGAAUAGAAACCUUAAAUGGAAACAAUAAAAAUAUUGU